CUUUUUUUUAAAUGAAAGUAUAAAAGCAGCGCGUUUACUGUCCAGAAACCUGCCAUCAACCAACCAUUGUGUCCAAAGGAAACAGCUUGUACUGAUUGUAACGUUUGUAGGAUUACCACCAAAAGCCUUCUCGGCAAGAAUUGGUAGCAGCAAAGAGCAUUCUCCAUCGUCUCGAUGUCUUCUUCCAGCUCAAAGCCUACUGUGACGCUCUCGGCCCAGUUCGAGGCGGAACUGCCUGAUCCCAGUGCCGAUAUUAUGUAUCUCUACGGAAUGUCUCUUGUCUCUGCCAAGUGCAUUGCCGAUAUCGAGCACGGAAUCCGCUUGCUGAGGAAAUGCAUGACCGUUGAUGCAGCGCGUCAUCGCGAUUGCGUUUAUCAGAUGGCACAAGGAUAUGCGAACAUGAAUCGCUUUGAGGAUGCUGAGCACUGCACGGAAACGCUCCUAAACAAUGAUCCCAACGACAAAGAGGCUCGUGCUCUGCACGAAAAAGUUGCUUGUCAACACGAGUCGGACGCGGCCCUGGGUCUUGGAAUGGUCGCGUGUGCAACCGCUACCUGUGGUUUGCUAAUUAGCAGCUGGGUUCACCGAAUUUUGCAAUUGGUCCGGGAAUGGUAGACGCGAGAUUAAGAAAGUUGCGGGAGACACGGUCAUGUACAUACACCUUUAAUCUGAACACAUCGCUCGAUCGUUCGCGUGUCUCUCGUCUCUUCGUUCUCCUUCGUGCUCGUCACCAAAACCCAAAUUCGGUGAACGCUCCUUUUGGAUUUGAGCUGUGGUUUUGUUUUCUUCACAACUUGUACCACCUCAAAACAACGGUUGAGGCUCCUACAAACCGUUUCGAAGGUUAUUUGUUAGUAACUAAUGAAUAAACUUUUUCACGCGUUGCGCGUUUUCAUUUAAGCUCAAAGAGAG